UAAUGUAGCGCAGUUGUAAGGAACAGAACCCGCAGAAUCCGUGGUCGUCCGUAGCCGUCAGUCAGUCAGUCGCAGCCAGUCGAUUGUGUCAGUAGUCAGUUGAGAGCAAGCGAGCGCGACGACGCGCGUCCCCUUGUAAAAUGGCAGAACGAAGUCGUGCGGGUUUCCUCACGCUUCUCUACUUGGCCUGCUUCGUCGCACAGACGGUGCGAUCGAACCCAGUAAACAUCCCGUUGAACCGGGUGCCGUUGACGCUGUGGGAGAGGGCGUGGAGGGCCUUGAACGAUCACUCACCGACGCAUCACCUGUACGCGCACGGCAAUUUGAUAAAUGCGCAAGAAUUGGAAGAGCCACCCUACAAAGUCUACAAGUUCACGUAUGACUUGAGUCCAAUAUGUGGAGCGGAAUCUUGUCCUAGAGAAGCUUGUACGAUUGAUCUGAAGCAAGACGAGAAUGGUGACAUAGAAACGCUGAAUGACUCUAUUCAGUGCAUGUACUUCUACCCAGCCGACGUGCAGAAUGACGUGUCGCAAGAGCAGCAGAGCUAUCAAGAACAGGAUGACUCUCAGGCGACUCAAGAGAAUCUGGCCGAACAGAUAAAUAGCAAUCGGAGCGUCGAAUUGGACCACGAGAUUCAAGAGAGCAACGACGACAACAUCAAACCGUUUAUUGCCAUGCGCGCUUCCAGCACCUACUGUCCAGGCUGUCCGUACGAGCUAAAUCCGAACUUGCCAGGUCUUCUUGUCUUCGGUGAGCAAGCGUUGAAGUCGAUGGACGAGCAGACUCCAGGCGAUUACAAGCACAAGCUGAUGAGCAUUGUGAGAGUCACUCGCUCGGUACCGGUCUCGUCUAACGUAAUACAAUAUCAGUUGCUGCUCCUGAUAGGCGAAUCCGAGUGUCUGAAGAAUGCUUUGGAACAGGAACAGGAGUGCUUAUUGCGAACGACUGUUCCGACCAACUUGUGCCUGGUGACGUUUGAGCAGAGACCUUGGCAACAGGCGUCUCUCACAAUUACCAAGAAUAACUGCACAGAUUCGGAAAACACGCCUAGUGUCCAAUCCCAGCGACCAGAAUUGGAGACCCAAUCCUUAGUAACAGUCACGUUCGAAGAAAAACAAUCGCCUCAAACCGAGACAAUUGACGCUUACGAAAGCUUGAAGGCUAUGCUGGAUAAUUACACCCACGCACCUUUGACACCCUCGAAGGAACCCAAUGAAGCUGCGAUGACGGAGUCUACGAUUGUAAAGAUAGUGUUGAACAGGAGCCAGGAUGACGAGAAGAUCGUGAGCUUCACGGACAAGAGCAAAGAAUUUAGCGAAUUCUUGGAGGAUUUCGAUCUGCCUAUUAAAGUAGAAGAAGCCACACCAGAUACGCGCGAAGUCGUGAAAGAAGAGAAGUUUCAGCAAAAGAAGAUUUCUGCAAAGAACAAGGUCGAAAAGGCAAAUGACGGAGAAGACGUCGUCAUUAGGAGAAAACGAUCAAGACCUGGUGCAUCUGAAUUGAUAUCUACACAGAAUUCUGACAUCCAGCUGUAUAUUGAAAAAGCAUUGCGCAAAGUUUCCCAGGAGUCGGAGAGUCAAAACGAGCCGCUUGUAGUGGAGAUCACUGAAGCAAGCGUGCAGACAGUUAGCGGUCGGCUGUACAAGAUCAAGGUGAAAUUAGGCACCAGCGAUUGCCCCAAGGGCACCAAGGACAAUUGUCAGUUGCAAGCCGAGAGCGACAUUCAGGAUUGCGAGAUAUCGGUAUGGUCACGACCGUGGCUCGACAAAGGCGAGCCUCAGAUAACAGUGCAAUGUUCCGCGCCAGGAAGAAGGAAACGUUCCCUGCGCGGCGCUAAUUACAACCAGAAGAUGCUGCAAAUCGUUGAGGACAUGAAGACCGAGCGGCUAUUCGACGACUUCGUGGCAACCUACAAUCGCACGUAUUACACGCCGGAAGAAAGAAACUUGCGACUCAAGAUAUUCCGCGAGAAUCUAAAUAUCAUACGACUGUUACGCAAGACCGAGCAGGGCACCGGUCGCUAUGGUGUCAACAUGUUCGCCGAUGUGUCGCGCGAAGAGUUCCGAAUGCUCUACCUCGGCCUGCGACCGGACCUAAGAUCGGAGAACGAUAUUCCUCUCAAGCAAGCCGAGAUUCCAGAUAUCGAAUUGCCGGAUACCUUUGACUGGCGGCAAAAGGGCGCCGUGACACCUGUGAAGGACCAGGGUGCAUGCGGCUCGUGCUGGGCCUUCUCGGUGACGGGGAACGUCGAGGGCCAGUAUGCGAUCCAGCACGGCCAACUGCUAUCGCUGUCAGAACAGGAGCUGGUGGACUGCGACAGUUUAGACGAUGGCUGCGGCGGUGGUCUUCCAGAUAACGCGUACAGGGCCAUCGAACAGCUGGGUGGCCUCGAACUGGAAUCGGAUUAUCCGUACGAAGCGGAAAAUGAGAAGUGCCACUUCAAGAAGAACUUGGCCAAGGUGCAACUAGCUUCUGCUGUUAAUAUCUCGUCAGACGAGACAAAAAUGGCGCAAUGGCUGGUGCAGAACGGUCCGAUCUCCAUCGGCAUCAACGCCAACGCCAUGCAGUUUUACGUUGGCGGCGUAUCACACCCCUUCAAAUUUUUAUGUAAUCCUAAGAACCUGGACCACGGUGUGCUAAUCGUUGGAUAUGGCACAAGCAAUUAUCCACUGUUCCACAAAAAGUUACCGUAUUGGAUCAUCAAGAACAGCUGGGGAAAACGAUGGGGCGAGCAAGGAUACUACAGAGUCUACCGUGGAGACGGUACCUGUGGGGUUAAUUCGAUGGCCUCGAGUGCUGUGGUUGUUUAAUGCCCAGGUUGACUACAUAAAUAAGUUUUUUCAUGACAACUUAUAUUCGUUCUAAACAAGUUAUACAUGAUACAUAUUAUAUAUAUAUAUAUAUAUAGAGAAAGAGAGAGAUAUCCUUUUCUACUAACUUAACGUUAACUUCGGAAUUGAAUCCAUUUGCCUGCCAAAUAUUUGACAAAUGCGACUCAACCUCGUCAUUAUGCUUUAUAGUAACCACUUGAUAUGAUACUCAGCUUAAUUUUGCAACGAUUUGGCAAGCGUAUGAAUCGUCUGGAGCCAGUUUUAGAUGUGUAUGUUGCGCAAGAGUUUGAAUUGAGCUAAAUUUAAUUCUCUGUGUAUUUAUAUCAUGGAUGGAAACAAUGUAAUCGUUGACAUAUGACAAUCCUAUUCGUUUAUUGAAAGGUUUUAAAUCAAAUCGUAUGGUAACCCGCUGAUGUUUUGCAAAUAUUGAUAAAACAAUACAGGAUAAUAUAUAUACAUAACCAAAGUGUGUUAUUAUGCAACGAUGUUGGGAUUAGUGCAAUGGAAGAUAUUAAAUGUUAAAUAACUUAGCAAAAGUAAAUUUUAAGCGCGCAUAAAGAGUUAGGGUAAAGGAUGAAACUUUUGAGAUACCUGUAUAUUUUAUAGUUUUUAAGUUUGUGAAAAACAGGCAGCAUUUUUUUAGAUAUUUUAUAACGAAGUUUCAAGUUUGCGUAGAUCUUGGAGAGUAGUUUUACAUACGAUUUGUUAUAACUUGAUUAAAUUAAAGAAUAAACGAAAUCUGUAAGAAAGUAAAUAUACGAACAUUCAAGUAGAUGUUCGAUUUUUAUUAAACGUAAUAUAAAGAGGCAACUAUGCGAAACCACGUCAAUUUAAUAUAUUCGAAAUGUUUUAGCUUAUAUUUGAAUAAACAUAUAUGAAAAAUCAAA